AUGAUGAACCUGCGACUUAUCGCUUGCCGCGUUCCUACGACUCGUGCUUUCAGCACCUCGAGGGUUUGCUGUUCCGGCAAGUCGUCCAUGACUGAAGUAAGCAACAGCGGAUCAAAGCACGACAAGGUUCAGGAACCCCAAUCGUCUAUCAAGCCAGAGGGCGAAUCGAACUCAAAGCAAGGCGUAGACCAUGUCGAGGCAGCCAAGGCCAAGGUGAAGACACAAGCAGAGCUCGACGCUGCAUUUCAACUAAGAAUGCAAGAACACGCAGGAGACGGCGGCGCAUCCGGAAUCGAGUACGAAGACGGGAAACCAGUCUCCAUGAAGCGGAGCGUCAAAAACAACAUGUUUCGCUACAUCUGA